GCAUGAUGGGAUAUGAGAAUCCUCCGGCGGCGCGUUGCCGCCAUGUCACCUAGAGAGAAACGUUUAGUUCUUCUCUCUUUUUUAGGCGUAAUAGGUCUCGCUCUUUAUUAUUUUCCUACUUUUCUUUACGCGUCUUUAAUUAUCGCAGUUUGUUGUAUUGUGUGGUACUACCACAGCGGAGGACCGCUUCCCGCCAGGCUAGGCCUGAAUCCGCGGGCUGGACUGAACGCCCCAGGUGUGCUCCGGCGCUGGUUGCUGGGUUGGGGGGUGACCGGCGUGUCGGUGGCAUCGCGGGGGAGGAAGAGGAGCAGCGCUGACAAAGCCGAACACCGGGAGCCAGUGGGACAUUUCAGACAAAGGCCCGCCGAGAGCGGAAUUUAUCGAGGGGAAGCUUUGGCAAGUGACUCGUUUCUGUUCAGUCCCCGGGAUUUCCUCAUGGGCAGCUACAUUGGAAAACCCGAAAGUCCCAUGGCUGAGCUCGGGAGGCCGAGGGCUGGGAGAAACCCCCGAGAGCUGUUGCGGGAGAAGCUCUCCAGACCCAACCAUGCUGUCUACACCCCCAACAGGAGGCUGUCGUUCGCUGGGGAGCCACCUGGUCAAGUGGGCAGGUUCACCAUUACCCCCCAGCGUCACUACCCACUGCAGCAGCCGGGCGCCUCGUCAGUUGGCAUCUUACCUCCUGUCGGUUGGGAAGGCUUCAGAAAGAAAAACAUCCUCAGCCCUCGUAACUCGGCAGCCGCCCUCAGUCCCGUCACUGUGAAGAUUGCCAGGCCCAACCACAGCACCCCCAGUAUGGACCAUCUAAGUUGUGCCAGGCUUCCCAGGGCCCCUGCAGACCCUUGCUCCAGAGAAACUGUCCUCAAGGUGUUGAAGGAAAGUCGCAAGAGAGAAGUGGAGGAUGAGGACAAGAGCUUCACGAUCGAACAGAAAAGCAAAAGAAGACGUAAUGACAGUGAAGGAAGUGCACACUCUGCUUUUGAGCCUCUUCUGCCCAAUGGGACACCGUCACAGUUGGUCCCUAAGCCCGGAAACCUGAAAAGAGGGAUGUCCUCUCUGGCAGAGGAGUCCAUCAUGAAGAGGUCUCGCACCUCCUCCAUCAGCUCUGGCAGUGGGGCCCAUGCCCCUAGAGGAACCCCAGGCACCAGGAGAAACCCCAUAAACAGUUCCUACAGUUCAUCACUAGGCCUUAGCCAGCGGAAGAAACGGUCAACACCCAGCUCCCCUCUCUCCAGCCCUGGAUCUUCUCGCUGUCAGACUCCAGAGGGAGUUGCCAAAAGAGCCAGAGAGAAUGACCGACAGUCCCCCAGCGCAGCAUCCUCUGUGAGGUCGGAGCAGACAGCAUCCAACAAGGCACCUGAUACUUCCAAACUAGCCGCAGUCCCAAAGGUCCUAGUCCCUACCUCAUCAGACUCUACUAGUAGUGGUGGGAAGAGAAAAAGGAAGAUCCAGUUGGUGUCCAGCCACCGUGACGAUGAGAUCUCACUGCCCCCGCCUCCAGAGCUUGGCUACAGCAUCACUGUGAAAGACUUGGAUGAAGAGAAAAAGGCUGCCAUCAGCAAGAUCCAGAAGGUCCUGGAGACGCCUGCUCCAGAACCAGAGAAGUCGGUUGCUCCCCCAACCACCACUUCCAGCCAGACCACCGCCUCCUCUACCAGCUCUACCGCCACCACCACCCUGAGCAGCCUUCUCGCAGCUCCUCUGCCUACAGCCUCCAGCGCUGCCAUCCCAGUCAUCAACCUGGAUCCCAGUCCAAGCAGCAGUGUCAGUACGGCACCUGCAGCCUCCAACCCACUGCUGGAGGCUCUGAAGAUGAAGGCCGGCACUCCUGCUAGCGCCACACCUGCAGCCAGCACAACCAUAGUGUCUGUGUCGACCACACCAGUGCAACCCAGUGGCUUCAACCUGAAGACAACAACUGCAGUGGAUUCCCAAAGGCCUCCCCCUGCAUACCCGUCUCAGUCCUCCACUGCUGGUGUGGAGCAGCCUUCUGCCUUCACUCAGGUCCUGAGUCAGGUCAUGAAGUCUCCCAGCAGCACCCCACCUGUAAUAGGAUCAACACUUUUCGGAUUGGCCAGCCAAAGCAGCACCCUCUCUGCUCCUACAUUCUCUAACCCGAUCACCGCUGCCAACGCCCCAGCCAGCAGCUCUGAGUCAGUGAGUAGCACAAACCCUCUGCUGGCUUCAGGAUUCAAGCCCAUUUUCGCUGUCACCACCACCACAUCCGCGUCAGCUACAUCAGCUCCAGAGAGCAAACCUCCGGUCCAAAGUUUCAAGCCCAUCUUCGGAGGUGCCACUGCAGGCAUUGGCUUUGGACAACCAGCCACCCUCGCAACCACAAACCCAGUCUCUGCCGUUUCUGCAAAUAGUACAUCCUCAAUAUUUGGUGUGUCAACAAGCAGCACCACAGCUGCCUCAUCGGUUUUUCCUGGCUUGACCAACCCCCUCAUGGGAACAGUGUCCACCAGCGCCAUCACCACCACCACACAACCUGCAACCCAACAAAGUGUGAAGUCCCUCUUUGGUAGCUGGGCCACACCACCUACAACAAGUACCAGCUCAGCCACAAUGCAGGCCCCUAAUACAGGGAGCACAUUUCAGGGCUUUGGAACUGCUACCACCACUGCUGCAGCUGCACCUGCACCUGCCCCAGCUGCUGCUGCUAUCACAACCUCCAGCAAUGGCGGCUUCGGAUUUGGUGUCACGCAGCCGGACCCUCAAGCUGCCAACCAGAAGGCAUUUGCCUUUGGUCAGCCAGCACCCAGCCAAAACUCAACCACCGCUUCAUUUGGAGGCUUUGCCAUGGCCAAUGCUGCACCAACCACUGCUACUGCCCCCACCCAGUCCACUUUCCCCUUUGGGAAGUCGUCUUUUGGACCGCCAGCAACGCAGUCUAAUUUUGGCUCCUCAGCAGCACAACCAAAACCAUUCAACUUUGGAAUCAACACAGCAUCAUCCACACCUGCCCCUAACUCCGCCCAAGCUCCUUUCAAUUUUGGGUCUGCUGCUGCCCCUACAGGAACUACAUUUGGGACCACAGCACAACCCGCAUUUGGAGCUAGUUCCACUGGUUUUGGUUUUGGUGGAUCCACUGCUCCCCCGGCUGCACCCACUGCUGCUCCGAGCUUCGGUGCAGCAGCCCAGACUCAGAGCUCCUCCUCAGCCGGAUUCACAUUUGGUAGUGCUGCCCCUCAGCCAGCUCCCUCUGGUCCAUCUCAGCCAGCACCCAGUGGAUUCAACUUUGGUGCUGCUAUGCCAUGCCCUCAGUUCGGAACACCGGUGGCCAAUAAUCCUGCACCGCAAAUGGGAGGCUUCAACUUUGGGGCUGCUGCUGCUGACAAAUCAGCUUUUGGGACGUCUACCCCAUCCUUUGGUCAGAGUGCUGCUGCAGGUCCAAUUCCCUUUGGAAGUCCUGGAACUCCUGUCCAAGGCUUCAACACUGUUCCAUUUGGAUCUCCAGCUGCUCCCUCCUUCUCUAUUGGAGCUGGAACCAAGCCAUCUAGCGGACGGCAGAGGCUGCAGGCGCGGAGACAACACAACAGGAAGAAGUAGCCUGGUACUUGUGUUGAUCACCGCUUUCAGGGGACUUCUGCUGCUGCUGCUAUUAUGGCUAACCUGGCUAACAUUGCUCUGUUCUAAGCUCAACAACCCCCAACCAGGCUGCCACCAUCCACUCUGCCUCCUACGCCUCCUCCAGUGGGAUUGUGCUGGCCCUAAACAAUGUUUGCAGAGGAGUUAGAAAGAGCACAUCAGCUUGCUGAGUUCAUGCUGCCUGAAUGACUACAUGACCCAGUGAGGGAACGUAGCAGUGAAGCGAUAGAACAAUGUACAUUACUUGAAGAGAAAGAACAGACAAUUGAAUAGUUUGAUUCUGAACAAAAAGCAUAUCCAAAGUUCUUUUUCCUUUAACAGUAUGUGGACACUCCCAAUUGGUUCGUCUUAAGGAGAAAGUGGAGUCAGACAAUGAAAUUGAGCCUCUGCUCAAACAUUUAUUUUUUUACGUGAAGCACUCGCUGGUUUGUAUGUCUCUGAAUUUUUUUGAGUACAUUCUCUGAAUGAGUCUGAGUUGGGUGAAAUGCACAGUUGAUUCAGAUAAGGUACACAACGCUGCAGUGUAAAACAAAAGUUAUGAGUCGUGUGCAUUAUAAAUUAUUUUUUUAAUUGGAUCUCUGACCCUGUACAUGAGUGAUGGAUUUCAGCACCUUAGGGCAACUUAUUAAAUGUCUUAAUGUAGUUAGUGGAGGCCCUUGUGUUCUUGUUUCAUACUUUGUCAUUACAAGCAUUCCCAGAGUCCUCAUGCGGGCAGCCUUGUUUUGGUAGUGAUUGCCAACACAGAUGUAAUUACUGAGUCAGUAUAUGAUGAGGAUGACUACUUUAAUUUGUGCUGUCGAACCAAAGCCAAUUCUUCAACUUCAUGCCUGUGAAACAACCUGUGUUCUGUAUCUCAUCUUUACAUCCGGAGACAUGUUUGUUUGUGCCAGACUACCUCUCUUUACCUCCCAGACUCUGAAGUCUUGUUAGAUCCCUAAAAAAUAACCAACCUUACAGCAUUGACUCGAACAUUUUUCUUUUAACUACUGUUAAUACAGAUGUACCUUAAUAAAUAUGGUGAAGUUUUCUUCCUUUCA